GUAAUGUCUAUAACACCAAACCCACUCUAGAUUAUUGAAAUGAAAUUGGCUUCGCAGUUGGGGCAUAGCGUCUUCAACUUCUACCUAAAGCACCGACGGUUUCACGUUCCGCCAGCGGAAAGCGUUAUGGAGAAGACCAAUCUGAAUGUGGAGCUCCAAGACAAGCUGAACCGCACCAGGGGAUUGAUAAAGCGGGCACUGGACCUGUACAGUCCCAGCGAGUGGAUAGUUAGCUUCAACGGUGGCAAGGAUUGCACGGUGCUGCUGGACAUUGUGUCCAAGAUGAAGCCCCCUGCUGUGACACUGCGGGCCGUUUAUGUAAGGUCACUGGAUCCCUUCGAGGAAAUGGAGAGUUUCAUCGAUGCCAGUUCCCAGCGCUAUGGAAUCCAGCUGUGGCGCUACAAUGGAAUUAUCAAGCUGGCCAUUGAGCAACUGGUGGCUGAGGAGCCGCAGUUGAAAGCGGUCUUCCUCGGGUGUCGGCACAGCGAUCCCGGUUGCUCCGAUCUGCCGGAGAUGAUACCUUGUGAUAAUGGCUGGCCGCCAUUGAUGCGGAUUUUCCCCCUGCUGGAGUGGAGCUACCACGACAUCUGGAGCUAUUUGCGGGCCAAUAGCCUGCCCUACUGCACUCUCUACGACCAGGGUUACACGUCACUGGGGGACCGCCAUUCGACACACCUCAAUCCCAGUCUGUUGGUUUACGACAAGAAGCAGGACAAGCUCACCUAUCGGGCAGCUUACGAGCUGGAGGACUCUCGCCUGGAACGGGCCAACAGGAUUGAGGCGGGCCAGGUGGCGGCGAAGUCCGAAAAAAAGUAGUUUUCUUUGUCGAGGUCAAGCUCAAAGCGCUUUCAUCCAUUGCUCUUGACUUUAUGUUAUUUUUAAACUUUUUUGAUGCAAUUUUUUACUUAAAACCAAAUGCCAAUGUGAGCCAGAAGUGGCAUAGCAAGCACCAGCUAACUGGGCCGCCAACUUUUGGCAAGACCUCAUUUGACUUGGCCACGUUUCGCUUAUCAGGCAGUAUGCUCAAAAUCCAACCAUCCGGCUUAUAAUCCCUUAUAAAAAAUACCAUUUGCUUAUAAGAGAAAGUUUGGUGAAAGUAACCGGCGUUUGGUGAAUUUUGUGAAAAGCUUUUAGGACUAACUUGGCGGCGAAAGCUUUCCAGAAACCUCUUCAAAUUCUUUGUUCUAUAUUUUAUGUUAUUUAAAUUUCUAA